AUGGAUGUAGGUAAAGUGGGUCUGGGUGGUGAGCUAUCACAAGAAGAUGCACAAGGACAAUUACUCCCGGUUGCAUAUUUCAGUCGUGCACUGGCCAAACGACAACGUUCAUAUUCAACUUACGACAGAGAAGUGAUGGCUAUGCGGGAUACGCUUAAGAAUUUUCGGUUUUAUCUGCUAGGAGCACAAGUAGAGAUGAGGAUCUACCACAAACCUCUUCUAAAGAUCCUGGAGCAGAAACAUCCUUUUGGACGAAGAGCACUUAUUCAUGAGAAACAUAGCAGAAUUUGAACCACGCAUAGAGUUUAUUCGAGGGCAGGAUAAUCACAUGGCAGAUGCUCUUAGUCGGAACGGAUGGAAUGUCAAGUAGGAAGAGAGAGAGAAAGAGAGAGAUGAGUAUACUAGUAAAGUGGCUGCUAUCGGUGGUUCCCAAGAAGAAAGUGGUCCAUGCAAGGAUGUAAUUAAGGUUGGACAUAAAAGAUUUCCAAUUGCAGCAAGACCGCGACCGAACAGCCACAUAUUUCCACUCACCAAAACGAACAUGGUUUAUUCACACGAGACCAUAAGAAGCAAGUGUUACUUCCAGCAUCGCUUGUUCCCACCAUAUUAUCAUUAGCUCAUGACGAAACAGGGUACCAAGGAGCAGAUAAAAUACUUUCAAGAAUUGAACCUCGUUACUGCUGGCCAAAGACGAAAGCAGAAGUAGAGAACUAUGCAAAAACGUGCAAACGCUGUGCUGCUACUCUUGCCCAGGGAGACCGAAAUGCACCCAUUCAUCAACGACCAAGAGAAGAGAUACCAUUUGCAUUGAUAGAAGUAGAUCUCAAAGGCCAUUACCGAGAAUAA